CCCGCAUCGUGCAAAAAUCCCUCCCCCCUCUCAGCAUCCAGAGUUUCCUACCAAGGCGUCAUGAUUGGGGGGCGGCACCUACAGUGCUUCACUGUAGACUCUGUGAAGCUUGUUCUAAACUCCGCCCUCCCCUCCCCGUGACUGGAGUUUAGUGUAGUGCGGGGAGGGAGCCGGUAAACAAACUGAAAGCAUGGCUCCAGGCAUUCCCCUUCAACACUGCUGCCUAUUGCCUAACCUGGUCUGGAUUUCCUGCCUGAUCUCAUGAACUGACAUUGCUUCAUGAUACGAGUCAUCAGAAUAUACUGGCAGAGUCUAUAAAGGCUACGUUUGGGCAACCGAGUGUGGAAGAAUCUGUAAGGCUGGCACAGCCCAAACCCAGGAGUGUGAGCCAACUGUAUGGAAUAAGGAUCACUGACUGAGCUCACAAGCCUUUUGACUUGCUGGAAAAGCUUUUCUGUGACUGGUCAUCUUCUCACCCAUCUCUGCGCUUGUACUGGAAAGAAAAGGCUUUGCCGGCAGAGACUAAGGAGGAUGGACCCCCAAGAGAAACAUUUGGCCAGCAAGGAGUCUGGGCAGGAAUUUGGUACUGAGCCCAAUCCUGAAUGUGAGGAAACAUCAUCUCUAACCAAAGACCAAAAUCAGGAGCAAAGGAAAACUUCUCCAGGAGAAAAGUCUGGGAAGAGCUUCCUCAGUAGGUUCUCCCUUCUCACUCACCAGGGAAUUCACACACUCGGGUCUUUCAGUUGUGCAAAAUGUGACAAGAUCUUCCCUCAAAAAGCCAGUCUUCUCCGUCACCAACGUGUUCACUCAAAGGAGAAACCUUUUACUUGUAAGGAAUGUGGGAAACGCUUCUCUCACAAAAGUUUCCUUGUCAAUCACCAGAAUACUCACACGGGGGAGAGAAAUGUGACCUGUACAGAAUGUGGGGAAACCCUGUCUUCCAAGACCAGCCUUCUAAUUCACCUCAGAAAACACACGGGGGAGAAACCAUUCACUUGUACAGAAUGUGACAAAAGCUUUGUUAAAAAGUACAGCCUUGUAUCUCAUAUGAAAAUCCACACAGGGGAGAAACCAUUCACUUGCACAGAAUGUGGCAAAAGCUUUGCUCAAAACAGUACCCUUGUAUCUCAUAUGAAAAUCCACACAGGAGAGAAACCAUUCACUUGUACAGAAUGUGGCAAAAGCUUUGCUCAAAACAGUGCCCUUGUGUAUCAUAUGAAAAUCCACACAGGAGAGAAACCAUUCACUUGUACAGAAUGUGGCAAAAGCUUUGCUCAAAACAGUGCCCUUGUAUCUCAUAUGAAAAUCCACACAGGAGAGAAACCAUUCACUUGUACAGAAUGUGGCAAAGGUUUUGCUCAAAAGGGUCAACUUGUCUCUCAUAUAAUAACACACACCGGGGAGAAACCAUUCUCUUGUACAGAAUGUGGAAAAACCUUUGCACGGAAGAAUGGCCUGUUAUAUCACCUGAAAACCCAUACAGGGGAGAAACCAUUCACUUGCACAGAAUGUGGGAAAAGCUAUCGCAGUAAGAGCCACCUUGCCACUCAUUUGAGAAAACAUGCAGUGGAGAAACCAUUUACUUGUACAGAAUGUGGCAAAGGUUUUACUCAAAAGAGUAACCUUGUAUCUCAUAUACAAAUACACAUCGGGGAGAAACCAUUCACUUGCACAGAAUGCGGCAAACGUUUUGCUAAAAAGGGUAACCUUGUAUCUCAUAUGGUAAUACACACAGGGGAGAAACCGUUCAUUUGUACAGUGUGUAGCAAAGACUUUGCUAGGAAGCCUAGCCUUCUUUCUCAUAUGAAACAACACACAGGGGAAAAACCAAUCCUUGUCAUUCACCAGAAAAUUCACACGGGGGAGAAACAAGUCACUUGUCCAGAAUGUGGGAAAACCCUGUCUUGCAGGAGCAGCCUUCAAGUUCACCUUACACUACACACUGGGGUGAAACCAUUCACUUGUACAGAAUGUGGCAAAGGCUUUGUUAGUAGGAGUAGGUUUGAAUCUCAUCAGAAAAUCCACACAGGGGAGAAACCAUUCACUUGUACAGAAUGUGGGAUCAAUUUCAGGUACAAGAGCAGCCUAGUACAUCACCAGAAAAUUCACACUGGGGAGGCGACAUACAUUUGUACCGAAUGUGGGAAAAGCAUUCACCAUAGGCGCAACUAUGUCAGUCACUUGAAAAUGCACACAGGGGAGAAACCAUUCACUUGUACAGAAUGUGGCAAAGGCUUUGCUCUAAAGCCUUACCUUGUAUCUCAUAUGAGAAUCCACACAGGAGAGAAACCAUUCACUUGUACAGAAUGUGGGAAACACUUUGCUAAAAAAAGUGCCCUUGUAUCUCAUAUGAAAAUCCACACAGGAGAGAAACCAUUCACUUGUACAGAAUGUGGGAAACACUUUGCACACAAGGUCAACCUCCUAACCCACUUGCAUGUCCACACUGGGGAGAAACCAUUCACUUGCACAGAAUGUGGCAAAGGCUUUGCGAAUAAGGGCAAACUUGUAUCUCAUAUGCACACCCACACAGGGCAGAAACCAUUCACUUGCACAGAAUGUGGCAAAGGCUUUGUUCGUAGGAGUAGGUUUGAAUCUCAUAAGAAAACACACACAGGGGAGAAACCAUUCACUUGUUCAGAAUGUGGCAAAGGCUUUAUACAAAAGGACAGCUUCUUACGCCACCUGAAAAUCCACACAGGGUAGAAACCUUACUCUUGUACAGAAUGUGGGAGGAAUUACAGGUACAAGAGCAGCCUAGUACAUCACCAGAAAAUUCACACUGGGGAGGCGUCAUAUGUUUGUACCGAAUGUGGGAAAAGCUUUCACCAUAGGCACAACUAUGUCAGUCACUUGAAAACGCACACAGGGGAGAAACCAUUCACUUGUACAGAAUUCAGUAAAAAGGAGAUUCUUGCCGCUCAUCAGGAAAGUCACACAGAGAAGAAAAGUUUCCCUUCUACAGAACAAGGAGAAAGCUUUAAACAAGAGAACCAGUUUAUUAGCCAUCGAGAUAUUCACUUGAGGGUCAAACCUUUCGUUUGUAAAGAAUGUGGGAAAUCGUACUUUAGCAAGAGAGCACUUGCCUCUCACCAGAAAGUUCACACCGGUUUGGCGCCAUACACAUGCACAGACUGUGGCAAAAGCUUCCCUAUAAAGAGCCGUUUGCUCAUUCACCAGAGACUCCACACUGGGGAAAAACCUUUCACGUGUACAGAAUGUGGAGAAGGCUUUCCUGCAAAGGCCACCUUACGCCGUCACCAGGUGAAACACACAGGGGUGAAACCUUUCACAUGCACACAAUGUGGGAAAUCGUACUCUAGCAAGAGUGCACUUACCUCUCACCAGAAAGUUCACACCGGAGAAGCGCCAUACACAUGCACAGACUGUGGCAAAAGCUUCCCUAUAAAGAGCCGUUUGCUUAUUCACCAGAGACUCCAUACUGGGGAAAAACCUUUCACGUGUACAGAAUGUGGAGAAGGCUUUCCUGCAAAGGCCAACUUACUCUGUCACCAGAUAAAACACACAGGGGUGAAACCUUUCACUUGCGCAGAAUGUGGGAAAUCGUACUCUAGCAAGAGAGCACUUACCUCUCACCAGAAAGUUCACACCGGAGAGGCGCCAUACACAUGCACAGACUGUGGCAAAAGCUUCCUUGAAAAGAGCCGUUUUCUCAUUCACCAGAGACUCCACACUGGGGAAAAACCUUUCACGUGUACAGAAUGUGGAGAAGGUUUUCCUGAAAAGGCCACCUUACUCUGUCAUCGGAUAAAACACACAGGGGUGAAACCUUUCACUUGUACAGAAUGUGGGAAAUCGUACUCUAGUAAGAGAGCACUUACCUCUCACCAGAAAGUUCACACCGGAGAGGCGCCAUACACAUGCACAGACUGUGACAAAAGAUUCCUUGAAAAGAGCCGUUUGCUUAUUCACCAGAGACUCCAUACUGGGGAAAAACCUUUCACUUGCACGGAAUGUGGAAAGGACUUUCCUCAGAGAAGUCUGCUCCUGACCCACGAGCGGGUGCACACGGGGGAGAAACCUUUCACAUGUACAGACUGCGGGAAAUGUUUUUCUCAGAAGAACCACCUUCUGUCCCACGGGAGGUUACACACGGGAGAGAAACCCUUCAUCUGCACAGAAUGCGGGAAACACUUUUCACAGAAAAGCCACCUUCUGUCCCACGAGAAGAUUCACACAGGGGAGAAAUCGUUUGUCUGCGCAGAAUGUGGGAAAAACUUUGCUCAGAAGAGCCACCUGUUGAGACACGAAAGGGUGCACACGGGGGAAAAACCUUUCACCUGCACAGAAUGCGGCAAACGGUUUUGCCAGAAGAUGAGUCUCCUGUCCCACCACAAAUCCCACACUGGGGACAAACCCUUCUCUUGCACGGAAUGCGGGGAGCGCUUCUCUCUAAACAGCACCCUUAACAAACACAAGAAACUGCAUAUAGGGCUCAAGAGCUUCACCUGCUUAGAAUGCGGGAAAAGCUUCUUCCAAAGGUUCAACCUUAUGAGCCACGAGAGGAUUCACACCGGAGUGAAACCAUUUACCUGUACGAAAUGCGGCAAAAGAUUCUCCCGCAAGUUCAACCUAUUCUCUCACGAGAGAGUGCACACGGGGGAGAAACCAUUCCCGUGUACAGAAUGCGGCGAGAGCUUCUCUUGGAAGAACCAGCUGUUAAUCCACCAGAAGCUUCACACGGGGGAGAAACCAUUUAUCUGCAGAGAAUGCGGGGAGGGUUUCUUGAUGAAACGUUCCUUUCUCAAACACCAAAAGCUUCAUGUACGAUCGUAGCAUUUGUCACUUAAUGUCUCCAAGUAAAUAUUUCUAUAAAUCACAGGUUCAACGCUAAUUAAAGGGUAACCAAACACUCUGCACAAGUAUUAUGCUGAAGGUGUUAAUAUUGGGGUGCUGGGGAAUCUUCCUAUCCCAGAAAUCUGCACCUGUGCUGUAAGGUUUCAUCUUCAAAAACUCAACUGGAUGAAUUUUGUGCUUUACUUCUCUAGAAAUUGCUCCUAAAAUAACGGAGGCCUAACACAUUGUCGUGAUCAUGGGGUUGAUGGACAUGUUUGAAAUUAUGGGUUUAUUUUUUUU